GGGCUCCGACUCCUCCUCCCCCGCCGCCGCCGCCCGCCGCGCCGGGUCCUAAAGCCGCGCGCCUCAGGAGGAUGGUACGCCUGGCGGCCGAGCUGCUGCUGCUGCUGGGGCUGCUGCUGCUCACGCUGCACAUCACGGUGCUGCGCGGUUCGGGAGCCGCCGACGGGCCGACCGCGGCCAACGCCAGCCGGACGCAGCUGCAGAAUAACCUCAACAUGGAAAGUACCUCGACAUCGGAAACCAGCUCUCCUCUCUCCAAAGAAACACCAGGGGAGCAUUCGGACCACCAGUCUGCACACGAACCAUUCCCCAGACAGCAAUUCCAGCAAGAGGCUGGGCCCCCUUCAUUGCAAAGAGAUGGCCCCAGAUCCUUUCUCCUUGAUCUACCAAACUUUCCAGAUCUUUCCAAAGCUGAUAUCAAUGGGCAGAAUCCAAAUAUCCAGGUCACCAUAGAGGUGGUGGACGGUCCUGACUCUGAAGCAGAUAAAGAUCAGCAUCCGGAGAAUAAGCCCAGCUGGUCAGUCCCAUCCCCCGACUGGCGGGCCUGGUGGCAGAGGUCCUUGUCCUUGGCAAGGGCCAACGGCGGGGACCAGGACUACAAGUACGACAGUACCUCAGACGACAGCAACUUCCUCAACCCCCCUGGGGGGUGGGACCGUCCGGCCCCAGGCCACCGGACUUUUGAAUCCAAAGAACAGCCAGAAUAUGAUUCCACAGACGGUGAGGGAGACUGGAGUCUCUGGUCUGUUUGCAGCGUCACCUGUGGGAACGGCAACCAGAAACGGACCAGGUCUUGUGGCUAUGCGUGCACUGCAACCGAAUCUAGGACGUGUGACCGUCCAAACUGCCCAGGUAUCGAAGACACCUUCAGGACAGCUGCCACCGAAGUGAGUCUGCUUGCGGGAAGUGAAGAGUUUAAUGCCACCAAACUGUUCGAAGUUGACACGGACAGCUGUGAGCGCUGGAUGAGCUGCAAGAGCGAGUUCCUAAAGAAGUACAUGCACAAGGUGAUCAACGACCUGCCCAGCUGCCCCUGCUCCUACCCCACCGAGGUGGCCUACAGCACGGCCGACAUCUUCGACCGCAUCAAGCGCAAGGACUUCCGCUGGAAGGAUGCAAGUGGGCCCAAGGAGAAGCUGGAGAUCUACAAGCCCACGGCCCGGUACUGCAUUCGCUCCAUGCUGUCCCUGGAGAGCACCACACUGGCCGCCCAGCACUGUUGCUAUGGCGACAACAUGCAGCUCAUCACCAGGGGCAAAGGGGCGGGGACGCCCAAUCUCAUCAGCACUGAGUUCUCAGCGGAGCUCCACUACAAAGUGGACAUCCUGCCCUGGAUUAUCUGCAAGGGCGACUGGAGCAGGUAUAACGAGGCCCGACCUCCCAACAACGGACAGAAGUGCACAGAGAGCCCCUCGGACGAAGAUUAUAUCAAGCAGUUUCAAGAGGCCAGAGAGUAUUAAAGAGACACCACCUCUGUUGUUCGUGACACAAACACACUGCACUGAUCCGCCACCUGGCACAGAGUCCCUCUUACCCGCAUACAUGUAUAUGUACAUAUACCACGUGAGUAUUUGUCAUAAGUUACACUAGGGGUGUGCGCCAGGCCCUUGUGACUGCCAUCUGAAGCCAUCGUUGCCUCUUCAAUGUCAACGGCUUCCUUGGAACUCUUCCUAGGGGGCAUGUCCUCAGGAGGAUGGGGAGAAAGGAGCUGGAAGAAGAACCUGGAGGUCAUAGCAGGUGGGAUUCAACUCACACCCCGGAUCCAGCGUUUCCGAGAGAAGCAAAGGGGCAAAGAGAAGGAAGUUGUAAAUGUGAUAAGCAGUUUUUAUAUAUAACUUAUUUAAUAUGAAUGUGACUUAUACGUCACCUUUUCUCUGGAGUUGUCAUUGUGAAACUAUUUAAUCACUUCCAUGAGAGUUCAGAAAGGGGCUAAGGGAGAUGAAAGAGAGGGAAUUUUGUAGUAAUGGCUUCUUUAAAAAUAAAGAAUUCAACAGAAAGAUAUCAAAACAAGAAAACACCCACCUGAAACCAAGUGUUAGUUAGCUAAUGAGGUACCUUGAUGAAGUCUCAGCUUCCAAAUGCCCUUGCCUCAGCCUGGGUAGGGAGUGGGGGGCAAAUGGGUAUUUUAGGAGAAAAUCUGAGGCCUGGUUUUAAGUGGACUUUAAAACAAAGGCCAGUAUUAACACAAUGCUAUGGUUCUAUUAAAAGACCCCAGAAUAGAAUUUCUGCUCAUGCCUUAAUAGGUUCAGAAGGCCACAGGAAGGUCAGACAUAAAAACAAGGAGUAGCACUUUUCCAAAGAAAAAAUGCAAAACAAAUGGGGGGAGAACAUGAACUUCAUCUAUUUUAUUUUAAUACCAUCGUAACAAUUCUUUUCUCCACAAUAUAUUCUCAGUAAAUAAAUAUAAAAACAAGGAGAGGAACUCAAGUCUAAAACCCUAAUUUUUUUAUGUUUUAAGAAAGAAAAAAAAUACAUUAUUUUUGUAAAGUAUUUAUUGAGUCACUGAGUCUUGUGCAUCAAGCAGUUGUAACAUGGCCUGGUUCUGUAGGGUGGAACUUAGGACAAAUAAAGAGUCGGUUCUUAUGCAAUCUUUACUUGCAAAACUCCAGGAAAAGAGAUUACAUAAUAAAAUCAUAAUAAAAUGUGUUACCUACAGUAAAUGUGUUACCUGCAAAUGUUUAUGAUACAAAUUCCAUAAAUAGCCCUCGUAAAGCAGGACUUCAAGGCAGGGGAGAGGAAGGUUCAAACCAGGUAGAAUAAAAGGCUCAUUGAUUGAUGUGAUGGUGGGUGAUAUAAGUCAUAGCAUCUUUGGCACCAAGAAUAUCAACCCUGCCCCGAGGAGGCUAGAGCUCACUGAAACACGUGCAACUUUUUGCCCACCCAGAGCUAAGAAAGAGCUAAGAAAUCCAAGCCAGGGCAAAGGCUUAAGACAGCCCAGGUGAGUGGGACUGCUUCCAGACAAAAUUCUGCAAUGACAGUAAUAAGUAGGACUCCUCAUUGUGCAAAUAAUUCCAUUUGGAGUUGAGGAAACCAAAGCUCAGAAAAAAAUAGAUCACGUUGGAUCUGUCAUUCAUUUCCUAGUCCAGUGCUCUAUCCACUAUAUCAGCCUACCCUUAGGUUCUCAUAAUAAAAUCUUGUUUUAAUGGAAAAGCUCUUAUCAGUCAUUUACACUUUAGAAUGAGUUAUCCAUGUAUUGCCUGCUCUCAGGAUAUUUAUAUUUAAGACCUAUUUCUAAUUAUGGAAUGAGAAUCCUUAUUCCCACCUGAAGGAAGUUUAGGCAAGUGAACUGGGAAGGAGAAAAUCAGUAGGUCCGUGUAUCAGGGAAGCAGAUUUGGUUCCUAAUAAUAGGAAAGCCAUUUUUGCCAAGAAAAUUGGUUGCAAUGGAAUGCAUUGCCUUUGGGAUGGUGAGUACCCUGUCAGGACAGGUAUUCAAGCAGAGCUGGAGAUGAAUCACAUGAGAAGCUCAUUUUAGUGAGCAGGAGAGACAAAAGUGUACAGCAAUAACCCUGUCCAAUAAGUGUUCUAUAAAGGGUAAGUGGAAAGUACUCUGGGAAAAUAGAGGCAGGAAUCAGGGAAGUACCUGCUAGACCUAAUGGAGGAGUGGUAUUUCACAAAGCGGAGAAGUGGGGGGGGGGGGCAAGUAGAUGCAUUUGGAGUAAGAAAACAGUAUGGGCAAAGGCAAGGAACUAUGCAAGAGCUUGGUGUUUUCUGAAAACUGGGAUGUUUACAGUGAUGAGCCAGAGGGACAAGAAUGGCAAGUUAUGGAGUUGUGUCUAGGUGUUUUUGUGAAGGAUUUAGCGUGGAAAAUUAAAGCUGUUUCCUAAUACAGUGAGAAUGACUGAUAUGAGCCAUGUUUCCAAUGGGCUAUUUGCCUCUUUAUAUCAGACCUUCCUGACAUAACGAACUGAGAGUUGGAAGGGAGGGUGAAUUAGGAGCUGGGGAGGGCUCCUGGGCUCUUUGCCUAAUGAGAACACCGCUAGUUUCCCAUCCAUCAUCCAGAUGGUGCCACCCCUCUGGAAAUUUGCUGAGCUAUAACCUGCCUCUAUGCAGUCGUAUCUCAUUUACCAUAGGGCCCCAAGCCAGCCCCAGUGUAACCCUGGGUAAUUCCUUCAAGGAAAGGGGAUCAUGUGAGCAAGGGCCAACUUUGCCCACCGCAGAGUAGGCUGUCUGCUCCCUCACCUGCAGCACCUGUUUAUAGGACCCCUCAGCAACUGCUCUACAGACACCUCUCAUCGAAUGCUUUGCUCCUUUGCUGCUCCUUGGAAAGAGAUCCCUUUUUCUAGUGACCCACUGGGCCUCUCAUGUGCCACGUCUGAGCAAGCCAAUAGUGGCAGACAGAGAAGUCAAGACCCUCUGGUGGCCGCACAUGGGAAGGAUGAGGGCAGGGCCCCAGAAGAGCUGGGCAACCUCCUCACCCCAUUCAAUUAUUAUCCACCAUGAUUAGUCUCCAAGCCUUUCCAUCUUUGUAGCUCAGUGGGCAGGGGGUAGAUUUCCCCGCCCUAAGACCCGGGAGCAAGGAUCAAAGAAUAGGUACGAUACCAGCCACCCUUCCCGAGCACACACUUUGUGCCUCUGUGCUAAUCACUUUACCAUGGGAGGCAAGCAGGUUACAUCCAUUUUACAGAUAAGGCAAAAGAAGCCCAACAAGUCUUCUAACCUGCCCAAGUCAUAAGGCUCUGUACAUGGCAAAGCUGGUUGAAGACUGUGUUCUUAACCUUAACCUCUACUCAACUGUCUUUCUAACUCUUCCCAACACACAGGAUCAGGAUUUUGCCUCCGACUCACUCUGCCUUUGCUCCAAUUGUUCAAAUCCACCAAAUGUCCCUGCACCACCAUUUACGUGUCUCACGUUGGUGACAGUGGAUCUGGCUUUAGCUCUAUAUAGUCUGCUCAGUUCUCUCAUAUUCCAUAAGAGGAUUUGAAUCCUGUAUCUGUGCCCUUGCUCAGGUUGGCUGAGUAGCAGAGCCUAACUUUCUAGAAGAUAGCCUGCUCCAUGGAUAAGAAUGAGACUGGUCUGUUUUCCCUGCUGCACUCAAGCCCCAUGUCAACUGUUGCCUGUUGGGUCGACCUGAAGGGCCGGUGCCAUGUCUCAUGCUUUCUACACCCCCAGCCCCUAGCUCUGUACCUGGCAGAUAUCAUCAGGCAAGGUACAGAGGGCGGAAGAAUUUGAGAGUUGAGUCAGACUACCUAGAUUCCAAUCCUGGCUCCCUCAGUUGCCUGCUGGGUACCACUGGAUAAGUUAAUCAGCCUGUGUAUAUUCCAGUUUCCCCAUACAGUUUUUCAGAGAAUAAAAUAAGAGAUACGAAGUUCCUAGCGUAGGGCCUGUCAUGUACCAUGUGCGUCGGUGUUGAGUCAUUGGAGAAAUAUUUAUUGAGCGUAUACUAGUUGCCAGGCAUUGUUCUAGAUGCCGGAGAUACAGCAGUGUACAAAUCCAAGUUUUCCUGGUGGAGGGGAGAUGGCUGAUAAAUAAAUAAGUACAUAAUCUGAAAUAAUGGUAAGUGAUAUCAAG